UCCAAAACAUGCAAAAGGGAAGCUCCAUCGGCCACCAUGCACCAGCUGAAAAUCCCAAACGUGGAUCUUGUUCGACCUUUUCUUUAGUCGUUAGUGAGUCUGCACUCCCGGCGCUCAACGGCAUGGCUGCUUCUUCUUUUGAGAAGUUCACAACGCAGUACACUCAGCGAAUCGACAAGCUGAUUCGAUGUUCUCAGCUCCUUGGAGUGGAGAAUUGCACAAGCUCCCUUCAGCUGCUGGCUGACAUCAAUGAAGAAGUGACGCAGUUAGAGGAACUCGCUACCAGUCAGAGGGAAGCACUAGAACGGGAUCGCAGCAUGCUCAAUGAUAUGAAGACCUUGACGUCGUCAGCCGAGGAGACGCGGCGACAGUUGGAGCAUGCAUCGCAGAACAUACCAGCGCAUCUGCCAGACUUCAGUGCCAGAGGAGGCGCUUCAUCCAGUGGCAACUCCACCGCCAACGUGUCCAAGACGUCCAGUGUGUCGUCCAUGCACGGCAGUGAGGCUUCGUCAACCACCAGCAGUGUCGCCGUCGACAAUCGCCAACCGCAGGCGCCUCAUCCCGCCAUAGGAGAUAUGUCUGCGGCAUCACGCAAGGUAUCGGCAGCUACCGCCCAUGCUCAUUCUUUACCGGCACUGACGUACAUCACGUUAGCUGAGUUCAAUGACGUGCCAAAGUACAUUCGAGGUCGGCUGGCCUAUGACUCAGUCAACAUGGCAGUGGAAUGCCUAAAUCAGGCGUACUCAUUCAAGUAUCAGCUGAUCGCAGUGCCAAAGUCGCAACUCACGGACGCCGAGAUCAAGAAGAGAAAAGCGUACAGGGCGCAAGAAAUGAAGGACGUUGAAGGCAAGCAUUUCAUCACGGACCAUGACAUCCGCACGACCACUAGUUUCAAGGUGGACACGCAGGGCAGAGCCAUCAUAGCUCUGCUGCGGCAUUGCAAGCGACUCAAGGAGGUGCACGGUGGAGGGUUCACACGCUACGUUAUCUACGCAUGAUCUCCAAACGUACCCUCUAAGACAUGUUCAUCGCAGCGCUGCUCCCUGUGUAUGGUAAUGUUGAAUAGCACACAGUCUUGGCUUAACCGAGCGCAGUGCCAAGGCACACGGCGUCCCCUGCGGCCCUCAGACGGGUCUAUGGAGUGUGCAUGGUGUAGUCGAAAUGACAGAUACGCGGGUUGGAUUUCUUUGGCCACAACUGCACUUACUUGGACACCGUUUUGAAACGCUUCAUUGCACUGUUGAGCAGGACCUGUCUACAGUAGUUCUAAAAGGCGCAAUGUUUCACGAUGAUGGUUCAAUGCGAAUUGAAUGCCAUUGGCCACUAUGUUUUAUACUACGGAAACCUUCAGUAUAGGCACUGUAAAGGUCAUCUUAACCAUACUCUUAACCAUACACUUCUUAACCAUACACAGAUUGUGCGUGUUGUCGGCUGUAAGGGCACAGCAGUAUCAUUGUCACAACACGCACACUCUCACAAUCUCUUACCCCACUUAACUUUCUCUGCGGUGGAAUCUUUCUGGGCUGGUCUUUGCUGUUUCCGUUGUAACUUUACAUCCGAUUAGUGUGAAUGCUGUUGCAAAUUUAGCUUUUUUAACCGACUAACUACUACUUCGAAGUACACUCUGGAUGUGGGGAUGACAUUUACAGGAAUUCUGUAUUAUUUAUGACUGGUAGAUUUCGUGUUUGGAGAAGGGAGCACUUCCUCACACUAUUUCUUCAACACUUCGUAAAAUAGUCCAGAACUGCGGCUCAUCCGACCGCCAAACACCAA